CGAGGUGGACGGCCUCAAGGAGAAGGUCGCCGCCGCCGCAACCGGCGCCACUACCCGUCCAAACUGAAAGGCCUCGACGGCGCGACCACGACUAGCCGAGCCCGAGCGCUCUCGUGCUCCCAGUCAUCCUCGGUCCUCCUCAGCCCGACCGAACCCUAGGCGGUGCGGCCAGGCUGCCGGCGACUCGUCGAGGCAGUAACGAGUGAGCUGCGAGCGGCCCGCAGCACCGCGGCCCGCACUCCCGCAGGCGCUCCGGGGAGGACGACCGAGGAGCUGCCGAGCGCUAGGGGCCCCGCGGCGGCAGGCGCGGCUCCGGCGACGCUGCGACGGCCGACGGGCAAGACGGGCGAGGAGCUACCGAGCCAGUGAACUGUGAACCACCACCAAGUGAUGUCAUGACUUCUCUUUUGAGGAUUUCGAGUUCACAAUGAUAAUGAUAUUCUGCUAGCAUUAUGCUCUUCAACUUGCCGAAAGCAGCAAAACGAAUUGGAGUGAAGUUCCUAUCAGUUGCAAGUGCAGAAUGCUUUGGUCAAGAUAUCUCCCUGAUGCAUUUUGCAUCCCUGUUAAAGGAAUGCAGGUCAGUGAAUACAGUUCGUCAAAUUCACCAGAAGAUAAUUGCUUCGGGUAUUCUUUCUUGUCCAGCAUCGUUGCUGUCAGUGUCACUUCCACCGCUUCCAUCACAUUCAUAUGUAUCACCAAAAUCUUUGGGUACUGGUGUUGUAGCUUCUUAUCUUGCUUGUGGUGCUACAAGCGAUGCUCUUUCAAUGUUGGAGCGUGUCACACCAUCACCAGCCGUAUGGUGGAAUCUACUCAUACGAGAACAUAUCAAGGAAGGCCACCUUGACAAGGCAAUUGGUGUAUCUUCUCGCAUGUUGCGGGCUGGAACUCGGCCAGACCAUUUUACUCUGCCAUAUACACUAAAAGCAUGUGGAGAGCUACCUUCAUACCGUUGUGGUAGCACAUUCCAUGGACUCAUAUGUUGCAAUGGAUUUGAGUCAAAUGUCUAUGUAUGCAAUGCUUUGGUGGCAAUGUAUGCACGCUGUGGUUCUUUGGAUGAUGCCAGUCUGGUGUUUGAUGAAAUAACUUGGAGGGGAAUUGAUGAUGUUAUCUCAUGGAAUUCGAUUGUUGCUGCCCAUGUUAAGGGUAAUAAUCCAUGGACUGCAUUAGACCUUUUUUCAAAGAUGGCAAUGAUUGUCCAUGAGAAAGCUACAAAUGAUAGAUCAGAUAUCAUUAGCAUUGUCAACAUUCUUCCUGCAUGUGCUUCUCUAAAGGCAUUGCUUCAAACUAAAGAAAUUCAUGGCUAUGCCAUUCGGAAUGGCACAUUUCCAGAUGCUUUUGUAUGCAAUUCCCUGAUCGAUACCUACGCAAAGUGCGGGUCAAUGGAGGAUGCAGUAAAGAUUUUCAAUGCAAUGGAAUUCAAAGAUGUGGUUUCUUGGAAUGCAAUGGUUACUGGGUACUCUCAAAAUGGGGACUUUGAGGCAGCCUUUAAGAUUUUCAAGAAUAUGCGCAAAGAAAAUAUCCCACUAGAUGUGAUAACAUGGAGUGCUGUAAUUUCAGGGUAUGCUCAGAGGGGAUGCGGCCAAGAGGCCCUUGACGCUUUCCGGCAAAUGCUUAUUUAUGGAUCAGAGCCAAACUCUAUCACAAUCAUCUCUCUGUUGUCUGCCUGCGCUUCCUUGGGAGCAUUGUCUCAGGGUAUGGAAACUCAUGCAUAUUCUCUGAAGAAAUGCCUUCUACUCUUGGAUAAUCAUUUUUGUGGCGAUGGAGAUGGUGAGGAUCUAAUGGUGCACAAUGCAUUGAUAGAUAUGUACUCAAAGUGCAGAAGCUUCAAAGCUGCAUGCUUGAUAUUUGAUUACAUACCUCGAAAGGAACGCAAUGUGGUGACUUGGACUGUCAUGAUUGGUGGGUAUGCGCAAUACGGGGACUCAAAUGAUGCACUGAAGCUUUUCUCGGAGAUGAUUUUAAAACCAUAUGCAGUUGCCCCAAAUGCUUACACAAUUUCCUGCAUUUUGAUGGCCUGUGCACAUUUGGCUGCACUUCGUGUGGGUAAGCAGAUUCAUGCUUAUGUCACCCGCCACCAUCAGUAUGAAGCAUCUAUGUACUUCGUGGCAAACUGCCUUAUUGAUAUGUACUCAAAGUGUGGUGAUGUUGAUACUGCUAGAAAUGUAUUUGAUAACAUGCCUAAAAGGAAUGAAGUAUCUUGGACUUCAAUGAUGUCAGGAUAUGGAAUGCAUGGUCGUGGUACUGAGGUCGUGGAUAUAUUUGAGAAAAUGCAAAAGGCAGGCUUUGUUCCUGAUGAUAUUUGCUUCCUGGUUCUUCUUUAUGCUUGCAGCCAUUCAGGCAUGGUUGAUCAGGGCUUGGAUUACUUCGAUAGCAUGCAUAAAGAUUAUGGUGUAGUUGUGAGCGCAGAGCAUUAUGCUUGUGUUAUCGACUUGCUGGCUCGCUCUGGGAAAUUAGAUAAGGCAUGGAAAACAGUUCAGGAAAUGCCAAUGGAGCCUACUGCAGUAAUCUGGGUCGCAUUACUUAGUGCCUGCAGAGUACAUUCAAAUGUGGAACUUGCUGAAUAUGCUCUGAACAGACUAGUUGAUAUGAAAGCAGAGAACGAUGGAUCCUACACACUGAUCUCCAACAUAUAUGCCACUGCAAGGCGGUGGAAAGAUGUAGCAAGAAUCAGACAACUGAUGAAGAAAUCAGGGAUUAAGAAGAGGCCAGGAUGCAGCUGGGUCCAGAGUAAGAAAGGCACCGCGUCUUUCUUUGUUGGAGAUCGUUCACACCCUCUAUCUCCAGAGAUAUAUGCUCUUUUAGGGAGACUAAUAGAUCGCAUCAAGGGUAUGGGUUAUGUCCCAGAGACAGACUUCGCAUUGCACGAUGUCGAUGAUGAGGAGAAAAAUAACCUUCUUGCUGAACACAGUGAGAAGCUUGCUCUCGCAUAUGGCCUCCUCACGACUUCCCCUGGUUGUCCCAUACAAAUCACAAAGAACCUGCGUGUCUGUGGUGAUUGUCACAGUGCAUUCACUUACAUAUCGAAGAUUGUUGACCAUGAAAUCAUAGUGCGUGAUUCCAGUCGCUUCCAUCAUUUCAAGAAUGGCUCAUGCUCCUGUGGUAACUAUUGGUGAUAGUACUGCGAAAGAAGUUGGUGAGGAAGAAAUACUAAUUAUUUCCCAUAGAAAGAAAUACUAAUGUGAUGAUGACUGUUCUCAAAAGGAUUAAUGAUUCAUGAUUUUGUCAUACUGAUUCACCGCUCCAGAAAAUCACAGAAUUCUACCAUUGUUUUGCUGUGGUUCUGUGAGAUAUCACCUGCACCGGUGUUUAUGUAUUUGUCUUUCUUUCAUGUCUUA